GAGGCAGAAUCUUUUCAUUGAAACGAAAGACAGAUUUAAUCAAAUUUAAAAUAAAUUACAGCGAAAAUGCCAAAUACGAGAUAUUUUAUAAAAAUGUAAAAAGGAGUAACUAAAGUGACUUUGAUGAUGGUCUAUUUAAAUAAAAUGGUAGAAGGAAAAGAGUAAUAGAAGAAGAGUAAAACCAAAAACAGCCCACGCAAGGCCUUGGGGAUGGGGGGUUUCUACUCUGCAGCUUGCACACUCUAACUUGUUCACUUUCAAAUUCCAAAUUGCAAAUCCCAAAACCAAAACCCUAGGAGAGAGACACGGAGACACUGAAUGAUUGAUUGAUGGCAUCUUCCAAGUUAAUGGCUUCUUCCCAUUCACGGAACUCAGAGUCCUCCUCUCCUUCUCCCACGCCUCAAUUUACCACCACCAACUUCAUCCCCAUCUCCGACGCCGCCGUCACCGCCGCCCCCAAGACCGUCGAUGAUGUGUGGCGGGAGAUCGUGGCCGGAGACCGCCGCGAAUGCAAGGAAGAGGCUCCUGACGACGAGAUGAUGACUCUCGAAGACUUCCUCGCCAAGGCCGGCGCAGUCGACGAUGACAACAAUGAAGAAGUCGAUUGCGACAUGAAGAUUCCAAUGCCCCUCACGGAGAGGCUUGGCAGCGGCGUCUUCGCCUUCGAUCCCCUCCUCGCCGCGACGCCGUUUCAGGAUGGAGUGGAAGGCUCCGUCAUAGGGUUUGGGAACGGCGUGGAGGUGGUUGAAGGCGGGAGAGGAAAGAGAGCACGUCCCGUUUUGGAACAGUUGGAUAAGGCAGCGCAACAGAGACAGAGGAGGAUGAUUAAAAACAGAGAAUCUGCUGCUAGGUCUCGGGAACGCAAGCAGGCUUACCAAGUGGAAUUAGAGUCCUUGGCGGUGAAACUAGAGGAGGAAAACGACAAGCUCUUGAAGGAAAAGGCCGAGAGGAAAAAAGAGAGGUACAAGCAGGUACUGAUUUGUUCUAAGAACUUACUAAUGGAAAAAGUACUCCCUGUAGCGCAGAAACAAAAGCCGCCGUGUAUACUCCGUAGGGCUCGCUCCUUGCAGUGGUAGAUAAAAUUUGCUAGUUGUGCAGCUGCAUGACAGUUACUGAAUUAGUCCCAUCAGUGGUGGGGGAAGUAAUAACAGGACCAAACUAAUCAUCAUGUCUUAAAUGAUAGUUCUCAGCCUAACGGUUAGUGUCAAGGGCGAUCUUGUUUAAUGAUACGAAGAGAUAGAUAGAAGGAAUUGAAUCGGAAGGGGUAAGGAAAAUUCCUUAUUGCGUGAGAAACAGCAGUUACUUAUUCGUAGGUGUAAAAACAGAAAUAUGGAGUUGGACCAUGUAGUUUUAGAUGAGUUUGACUUCCUGGUCUCUCUCCCCUAUGCAGUGUCAAUGUGUAAUAGUAGAUAGCAAAGGGGAUUUGCAGACGAGUAUAUAUCUUUAUUUGGAGAAAAGUCUAUAGAAAUUGUUAAUGCGACCUGUAAAA